CGUAUGAGCUUUAGCCAUGGAGAAAACAAAAGUGAAUGCAUUUUCUCCAGAUACAGUUCUUGAAGACUUUUUGAGGACAGCAGAAUCUGAAUCAGACUCUUCGAAAGCCAGCACAUCGGAAUUUGAUGGCUCGAAAAAUCAAAGAUCUAGUUCGAGAUGGACUGGUUUUCUCGAGCUAUUUAGAAGUAAAUCGAAAGGACAUAUGACGAAAGAUCCUUUAAUUAGUUCUCUGAAACUGUCCAAAAGGUUCAGCAGAAGCAUGAGAGACACGAGUAGCGGUGACAUGCCGAAUUCUAUCCUGGAUAAUGGUUUGAGCUAUUUCAAACCUCAAUGGAAACUUUUCACCCUAUCUGAGCUUCAAACUGCAACCAAUUAUUUUCAUCAAGAAAAUUUGAUAGGAAAGGGUGGUUAUGCUGAAGUUCAUAAAGGACGGUUACGAAAUGGGCAGUUUAUCGCGGUUAAGCGGCUGACAAGGGGACCACAAGAUGAGAGAAUAGGGGAUUUCUUAUCUGAGCUAGGUAUAAUGGCACAUAUCAAUCAUCCAAACACUGCUAAAUUGAUCGGUUAUGCCGUUGAUGGAGGACUCUUUCUUGUGCUUGAGCUAUCUCCUUAUGGAAGUUUGACCAAUAUGUUGCAUGCAUCGAAGCAGAAACUAGAAUGGAAAAUCCGGUAUAAGGUAGCGAUAGGGAUAGCUAAAGGGAUAUUGUAUCUUCAUGAGGGUGGGCAAAGAAGGAUUAUCCAUAGAGAUAUUAAGGCAGCAAAUAUAUUGCUCAUGAAGGACCUCGAACCUCAGAUAUGUGAUUUUGGGCUAGCAAAAUGGUUACCAGAGCGAUGGACUCACCUCACUGUAGGAAAAUUCGAAGGAACAUUCGGCUAUCUUGCUCCCGAGUUCUUAAUGCAUGGCAUAGUGGAUGAAAAAACUGAUGUUUUUGCUUUUGGAGUGCUUCUUUUGGAACUUAUUACUGGACGUCGAGCCCUUGAUUACUCACAGCAAAGCCUCGUCAUUUGGGCUAAACCCCUGCUGAAGAAGAACAGAAUCAGAGAGCUCGUUGAUCCUUCACUUGCGGAUGACUACGACUUACUACAGAUGAACCUCAUGGUCUUAGCUGCUUCUUUAUGUGUCCAGCAGUCUUCAAUUAAGCGACCCCGAAUAAAUCAGAUUCUUCAGCUUCUAAGAGGCAACAGUGAAAGCCGGGAUAUAAUCAUGAGAAUUAGAAAACCAUCACAUUGGAAGAGGUAUUAUGAAGAACUCUUUAACGCUGAAGAAAACAAAACGACUAGAGGGUUGAGUGGUUUAAGUCUGAAGGAACAAAUAGCAUUGGAAGUCUCUUUAAGAUAGUGUGAUGAAUCGAGUUCGAGGCACAAAUGCUUGUUUUAUUUGUUAAAACUGGCAAACAUCUUCUUGAAGAGAUGAAGG